UUGACCUAACUUGGUGAACAAACAACUCCAACGAUGGCUAUGUACGAUCUUCCAAAGGAUUUAUUGGAGGAGAUACUCUCUAGGGUUCCAGUAGAGUCUAUAAGAGCAUUACAAUAUACUUGUAAAACCUGGAACACUGUAAUCAACGAUCAUAUCAAUUUCACGAAAUCAUUAACAAUUAAGAAUGAGAUUCUGGUGGUCAUGAUGACAUAUUACAAGGUUUGUUUAAUGAGUUUAAAUCUCCAUGGAGUUCACAAAAAUGACAAGACCAACGUUAAAUCAUGUGUUGUGGAUAAAGCUAAACUCAUUAGCCUAAACGAUGAUGAAGAUCAUCGAGUUGAUCAUAUAUCUAAUGUCUUUCACUGCGAUGGUUUACUGUUAUGCAUCACCCGUAACUUAAAUUCUAGGCUGGUGGUUUGUAACCCUUAUUGUGGCCAAACAAGGUGGAUCAACUACGGAAAGGCUUACCAUUUCUUUGAUAGGUAUGCUCUUGGAUACGAGAAGAUGAACAACAACUCGAUUGGUAACCACAAAGUCUUGAGAUGUUGUAAAACAUCCUUCUGUGGAACUUAUAAGUUUGACAUCUACAAUUUUAAAUCUGAUUCUUGGAAAGUUUUUCAUUUGGAGCUUGAUUGGGAAAUCCCGUUUUUACAACGCGGUGUGUCUCUCAAGGGAAAUACUUACUGGUUUGCUAGAGAGAAGAAUAUAGAAGGACUACUUGAUCCCCUUGAUUUCUUGAUCUGUUUUGAUUUUACAACAGAGAGAUUUGGACCGCGUCUUCAUCUACCGUUUCACUCUUGUUGCAAUGACACUGUGGCUCUCUCUAGUGUUAGAGAAGAGCAGCUUGCGGUGUUAUUUCAGCGCAAGGAUACUUUAAGGAUGGAGAUAUGGGUUACAAAUAAGAUUGACCCUGAAGAAGCAUUGUGGAACAAGUUGCUCUUAGAGGUUAGUAUGGGACUGUAUAGUCAGUUUAAUCUUAAAACCAAGAGUUUCAUCAUUGACGAGAAGCAAAAUGUAGUUGUCCUUCUUGGUAGACAUGACCAAGCUUACAUCAUUGGAAAAGAUGGAUACUUCAAAGAAAUUGAUCUUGGGAUACCAAGGUCAUCCAAAUAUGCGUCUUACCCACUUGUGCUCUCUUACGUUCCAAGUUCAGUGCAAAUAUGCAAGAUGUAUGAGUGAUGCAGCAGCAAGAUUCUUUUAGACAUUGAUGAACUUGUUUGUUAACUAACGUGA